GGGCGGCCUCGCCGAGAGGCGUCCCGGCGAUUGGCGACUCGGGGAGGAGACUCGAGGAAAAGUCGAAUAAGAGGGCGCGACGUCAGACCCGAGAUUUGGGGAAGGGCGAGGGAAGGGGUGGAAGGGCGGGGACGGACACACAGACACAGGCUCGGACACACACACCCCCGCGCGGUACCCUAAGUGUCCACAACUUUAGGCUGCCUUGGCCCGGGGCGCAGAGGCUGGAAGGUUGGUGGGGGUGGGGGGCGCAUCGUGUGAGCCGAGGGAGAGAUGUAAAGAAUCCAAGUAGCGAGAGAAGAAAAAGUGAAGGGAUCAGACAGGGCGGAGAAGCAGUAGUGAGAACGGGAGAGAGGACGGAGGAAAAGCGAGUUUCCUGGCGUCCAGGACAGUGCCAGAGCCGAGGGAGCGGAAGCGAUCCUGGGGGGAAGCGGCGCGGGGAGGGGAGGGGAGAGGAAGGGCAAGGAGGGGGAGUGAAAACUAGAGGAGGGCGAGGGAAGCGAGGCGCGACACUGCUCCGGGAGAGGAGGGCAGUGAGGAGCGAGGCGCGGGCAGAGGCGGCUCGGGCUGCGGAGAGGAGGGAGCGCGGCGCAGAGAGGAGGGGCUUGCGGCCCCGUAGAAAUGUCAAUCAGAGCCCGGAGCCCCGGGAAUCUCCGCCAAUCUGUUCGGACCUGACCUGGCUCCUCGCCGCCGCCGCCGCCGCCGCCGCCGCCGCGGAGCAGAUCAAUAGGCGAACCCGGAGCGCAGCGCGGCGCGGGAGGCAGCGCGGCCCCAGCCCGGCCCAGCCCCCGAUGCGCGCCGGAGCCCGCGGGCGGCGCUGAGCUGGGCGGCCCCGGGGGCCGGGCCCCUCUCUGUCCGUGCCCCACGGGCCACCAUGUCCUUCCCCCAGCUUGGAUACCAGUACAUCCGCCCGCUCUACCCGCCCGAGCGCCCGGGGGCCGCCGCCAGCGGCAGCAGCGCGGGGUCCCGGGGCGGCCCGGGCGCCGGAGCUUCGGAGCUGGCCGCCUCGGGGUCCCUGUCCAACGUGCUCUCCUCCGUGUACGGGGCGCCCUAUGCCGCGGCUGCAGCGGCGGCCGCCGCCGCCCAAGGCUACGGCGCCUUCCUGCCCUACGCCGCGGAGCUGCCCAUCUUCCCGCAGCUGGGCGCGCAGUAUGAGCUGAAGGACAGCCCCGGGGUGCAGCAUCCGGCCGCCGCCGCCGCGUUUCCGCACCCGCACCCCGCCUUCUACCCCUAUGGCCAGUACCAGUUCGGGGACCCGUCCCGUCCCAAGAACGCCACCCGGGAGAGCACCAGCACGCUCAAGGCCUGGCUCAACGAGCACCGCAAGAACCCCUACCCCACCAAGGGCGAGAAGAUCAUGCUGGCCAUCAUCACCAAGAUGACCCUCACGCAGGUGUCCACCUGGUUCGCCAACGCGCGCCGGCGCCUCAAGAAGGAGAACAAGAUGACGUGGGCGCCUCGCAGCCGCACCGAUGAGGAGGGCAACGCUUACGGGAGCGAGCGCGAGGAAGAAGAUGAAGAGGAGGACGAGGAGGACGGCAAACGCGAGCUGGAGCUGGAGGAGGAGGAGCUCGUGGGCGAGGAGGAGGACACGGGGGGCGAGGGCCUGGCGGACGACGACGAGGACGAGGAGAUCGAUUUGGAGAACUUAGACGGCGCGGCCGCCGGGCCUGAGCUGUCCCUGGCUGGGACGGUGCGUAGGGAUGGCGACCUCGGCCUGGGACCGAUUUCGGACUCCAAAAACAGCGAUUCAGAAGACAGCUCGGAGGGCUUGGAGGACCGACCACUGCCGGUCUUGAGCCUGGCCCCAGCGCCACCACCGGCGGCCCCAGCUGUGCCAUCUCCGCCCUCGCCCCCCGCAGGCCUGGACCCUUGCGCCCCCGCACCAGCGCCCGCCUCCGCCCUGCAAAAGCCCAAGAUCUGGUCCCUGGCCGAGACGGCCACGAGCCCGGACAACCCGCGCCGCUCCCCUCCCGGCGCGGGGGGUUCCCCCCCAGGGGCCGCCGUGGCGCCCCCAGCCCUGCAGCUCUCUCCGGCCGCUGCCGCCGCCGCGGCCCACAGACUGGUCUCGGCGCCGCUGAGCAAGUUCCCCGCUUGGACCAACCGGCCGUUCCCAGGCCCGCCGCCCGGCCCACGCCCGCACCCGCUCUCGCUGCUGGGUUCGGCCCCGCCGCACCUGCUGGGACUUCCCGGAGCCGCCGGCCACCCGGCUGCCGCCGCCGCUGCCGCCGCCUUCGCUCGGCCCGCGGAGCCCGAGGGAGGAACAGAUCGCUGUAGUGCCUUGGAAGUGGAGAAAAAGUUACUCAAGACAGCUUUCCAGCCCGUGCCCAGGCGGCCCCAGAACCACCUGGACGCCGCCCUGGUCCUAUCGGCUCUCUCUUCAUCCUAGUUCUUAAAAAAUAAAUUUUUUAAUCGUUGUAAUAAUUGUAAAAAAAAAAAAAAGAUCGCUCUGUAUAGUUAACGACUUGUAAGCAUGCCCAUGUAUAAAUACCUGAAAACAAAACUAAACAAAAGAGAAAAAAGAAAUAAAACCAGUCCUCCUCAGCCCUCCCCAAGUCGCUUCUGUGCCACCCGCAUUAGCUGCGUUUGUGAGGUUUGUGAGGUUGGUUCGUUUGAUUUGGGGGGUGGAGUUUCAGCGAGAAUCAGCGUGUCUGACUUUUUUGUAUAUACAGAAGAAUGUACAUAUGUGUGAACCAAAUUGUACAAGAAAGUAUCUAUUUUUGGCUAAAUAAAUGAGCUGUUGCCACUUUGACUAUAA